UUCACGUUCGAUACCUUUCGCCGCUGUUCCAAAAUCCUUCUGUCAUCACUUUUCAUAUCGACUUCUCUUGAUACCCACGGUUCGAAUAUAAAAAUGAGAUCUUCGCUUGCUUUGUUGGCGUUGGGCGGUUUGAGUGCCGCAGCGCCGUUGGAGGUGCGCAAAGAAGCCGUAUCUGCCGCCGUCUUCGACAAACUCGCCUUCUAUGCGCAGUACUCCGCUGCCGCAUACUGCAGAGGCAACAACGAUUCCCCAAGCUCGAAGCUUGUCUGCCCGGAAAAGAACUGCGACAGGGUCGAGGCAGCAAAGACCAACACCACACUUGAGUUUGAAAACUCUGCAAAGACGGAUGCCACAGGAUUCGUAUCCACCGACUCCACCAACAACCUGAUCGUCAUCUCCUUCCGGGGUUCGCAAUCUUCCGAAAACUGGGCCGCAAACUUCGAUUUCGGCCUUGAAGACACGUCCGUCUGCAAAAGCUGCAAAGCCCACGGCGGCUUCCUCGAAUCAUGGGGCGAAGUCAAGGACAAGGUCCUAAAAUCCGUCAAAGACGCCCAGACCAAGAACCCAAAAUACAAAGUCAUCGCAACAGGCCACUCGCUCGGCGGCGCAAUGGCGACGCUCGCGGCAUCUUCGCUGCGCUCCAGCGGCACCACGGUCGACUUGUACACGUACGGUGCGCCCAAGGUUGGAAACGAGGAGUUCAACGAGUUCAUGAUCAAGACCGACAAGGGAAACACGUUCCACUCGGUUCACAACAAGGAUAUCGUGCCUACGCUGCCGCCCAAGAUUCCCAUUCUGUCGCCGUUCGAGGUCAACGAGCCCGUGUACUUCAUCGAGAGUGGAAAUGUGCCCGCUAAACAGGGCGAUGUUUCGCUGUACAAGGCUGGAGAGGAUCACGAUAACUCUGGCAGCAGCAUGGAUGCACACGGGUGGUACUAUGGAGAGAUCUCGGCCUGCGAGGGUAGUGAUUAG